GGACCGGUGGAGCACGAGUCAGCGCAACACCUCGGACUGCACCGAUAUCUCGACGUCAAUCAUCUCGGUGGGGACCGAGCACAAGCUCCACCUUCUCAUUGCGUGAUACCCCAGAAUGAUAACGUCAAUCGCAGUUCUGUUUCUGCAGUCUCCAUAUCGACAACGACAUGGUGUGUUAUCCGGCAGAGCUCUCAUUGAUAUCAAAAAGGCCCGGGACAUGGGAUGUGGAGUUGAGCAAUUGAAAUACCUGCGGUUCCGCCGCCGACUCGGGGGAGCAUGUUUGAUCCUUGGGCCUUGACUUCGAAACUUGGACUCUUUAAGUUUUUUUCUGUCCUUUGAGAAGAGACUUGGCUCUUGAAUGAGUCUGACCGAGUUGCUUCGUUGAUUGAGAGUUUGUACAAACAGCAUCCAAGCUCCGACUUACACAGUUCCGUACAUAUACCUACCUAAACAAGUGUUUCCAACGCGCUUCCAUCUUCCGUGAUGGAACCCAAAUCCGCCAUGGUCAACCACGACGCAACCGAACAGACGGACGUGAAAGACGUUCAAGAUGGAACUUCCCAGUACGACGAGACUUUGGCGCCGACGCCCGCGCAAAACAGGCGCAUCCUCUUGAAGACGGACCUCGUCGUCCUCCCCUGCGCAGUAAUCAGCAUGACCCUCGCGUUCCUCGACAAGGCAAGCUUCGCCGCAAUCUUCGGCCUCCGCCAAGACGCAAACCUCAAAGGGCAAGAAUACUCCUGGCUCGGCUCCGUCUUCUACUUCGGCUACCUAGCAAUGGAACUCCCUGCCCUCUAUCUCAUCACCAAGCUCCCCAUCGGCAAAUUCAUCGGCGCCUGCCUCGUCCUCUGGGGCGCCUGCAUCUGCCUCAUGUCCGCCUGCCACAACUUCGCCGGCCUCGUCGCCAUCCGCGUCCUCCUCGGCAUCUUCGAGGCCGCCUUGUUGCCCUGCAUGCUUGUCCUCAACGCGACGUGGUACCGCCGCGAAGAGCAGCCCUUGCGUACGGCGCUGUGGCAUAAUACGUUCGCCGGCGUGUUUGGCGGGAUCCUCUCGUAUGCGAUUGGGAAUAUCAAGGGGAGUUUGUCGACGUGGAAGUACAUCUUCAUCAUCUACGGGGCCGUCACGGUCCUCGUCGGGUUCGUGGUUCUCUUCGCUCUGCCUGAUUCCCCGCAGAAAGCAUGGUUCUUUGACGAGCAGGAAAAGAAACAAGUCGUCGCCCGCCUCGCCGAGAACCAAACGGGCGUCGACGUCAAGAAGAAAUUCGACGGGCGACAGAUCCUCGAGGCCGUCAAGGAUCCCAAAUGCUGGUGCGUCUGGGCCUGCGCCAUCGGCUACGCCGUCGCCAACGCGGGCAUCACGAACUUCAACCCGCUCAUCAUCUCGGGGUACGGCUUCAGCCAGACGAAAACCGUCCUCAUGGCCACGCCGCAGGCCGCGGUCGCCAUGGUCGCCGGCGUGGUCCUCACGACCAUCUCCAUGUUCGUACAGAACCUCCGCUGCCUGUUCUGGAUCUUUUCCGCCAUCGUGGGGUUAAUCGGCGCGGUGAUGGUGCACACCCUCGACAUCAACCAGAGCCGCAACGCCAGCCUGGCGUGCGUGUACAUUAUGGGCUUCUACAACGUCCCCUGGGUCUUCAUGCUGAGUCUCAACUCGUCCAACACGGCGGGCGCGACGAAGAAGAGCUUCAUGGGCGUCACGGUGGCCGUGUGCUACGCCAUUGGCAAUAUCGUCGGCCCGCAGCUGUUCUUGUCGAGCCAGGCGCCGCGGUACCCUCUCGGUAUCAGCGCCAUGAUAUUUGCUUUUGCGCUCAUGGCUGCGUCGGGGCUCGUGUAUUAUCUGCUCUGCGUGGCGGAGAAUAAGCGUCGCAAUUCCAAGUUUGGGGUGCCCGAGGAUAGGUUGCAGGCUGGGCUUGAGCAGGAGAGGGAGGAUAGGACGGAUGGGGAGAAUGAGGAUUUCCGGUAUACCUACUAG